CAAUACUAAAAGAAUUGCAGCCGCAUCCAGGCGCGCUGGGCCAACUGGCAAUGGCGAAGUCCGGCAGCGGCAAAGACCCUUGGGAGUACUGCCUGCGCAAGUACCUCCUCCUGCUGGCGACGCUGGUGGCCACGGUGACGUACACCGCGGCGUUCAACCCCCCGGGCGGCAUAUGGCAGGACGCCAACCCCGCCGCCAACCGCAUCGCCGGCAACCCCAUCAUCCGGGAUACCAGCUACAGCCGCUACCUGGUGUUCUUCUACAGCAACGCCACCGCGUUCGCCUCGUCGCUCGUUGUCAUCGUCCUCAUCCUCAUCCUGGCCAUCCUGCACGACAGGGGAAUUAGCAGCCCGACGCCACUGUGCAUCCUACGGGGGGUCAUGGUGCUGGACCUGCUCAGCCUCAUGGCGGCCUACGCUGCCGGGACAUUCCGUGACACGCUCACGGCCGUCUACUCCUCGGUGCUGGUGGCCGGCGUCAUCGUUUACCUCCUGAUCCACACGAUGCUGGCCUCGCGGUGCAACGAGAAGAACGACAGCGCGCCCGAGCGGCUCCGCAAGGUGCUGAUGCUGCUCGCCACGUUCGCGGUGAGCGUCACGUACCUGGCUGGGCUGAGCGCGCCGGGUGGUUUCUGGGACCACGCCGAGGGCGUGCACAGCCCCGGCGACGCGGUCCUCAAGGGAGGACCCCACGACGCACGGCUCAAGGCGUUUUUCGUCUGCAACACCACCGCGUUCGUCGCGUCCCUGCUCAUCCUCGUGAUGCUCCUGGAGAAGAAGCUGAGCUACAGCCAGAAGGUGCGGUCUUUUGAGCUCUACGGGUUCAUUGCCGUCACGCUCAUCGGCCUCGUGGCGGCGUAUGCCGCCGGCAGCUGCCGCCAGAUUGACACGACCAUCUAUGUGAGCGCUCUGAUUGGUGCCGUUCUUGCGUGCAUUUUUGUCCAAGUGGUUAUUGUUACACGUUUGAAAGAGGCCGUAGUGAAUAGCUGCUUCUGGGCAAAAGUACAAGCCUUAGUGUCUGGAUGCCUUCCAUCAGAAACACCUUCCUCCUCUUCCGCAAAUUGUAGUUUGGGGCAACAAACUCCAGGUCCCGACACAGAUAAUGCCACUGGCAGUGACGAGACGGAACAAACCCAAGGUCCGCAAACUAGUAAUGGCAAUGGCAGUGAUGAGCAGCAGCAAACUCAAGGGCCGCAAAUUAGUAAUGGCAAUGGAAGUGAUGAGCAGCAACAAACUCAAGCGCUGGAGAAGGCUCGCUCUCUUGUUCUGCUGCUCGCCACUCUCGCAGCGGCCAUCACCUACCAAGCAGGGCUGAACCCUCCGGGUGGCCUCUGGCAGGACGACGGCGACCGCUACAAGGCCGGCGACCCCAUCCUCUUGACCACGAAUCCCAGGCGGUACAAGGCGUUCUACUACUCCAACUCGGUCGCCUUCGUGGCCUCCCUGGUCGCCAUCAUCCUGGUAAGGAAGAAGACACUGCACCAGCACAACGCGCUGGAGGCGGCCAUGAUCCUCGACCUGUUCGGCCUCAUCGGCGCGUACGCCGCGGGGAGCUGCCGGGACGUGAGCACGUCCAUCUACGCCAUGGCCCUGGCAGGUGCUGCGCUGGUCUACGUGGUGAUCCAUGUCGUCUUCUUCACGCUGGACCACACGGACGGCGGCAGGGUAGGGGAUGACGAAGCUUCCCGCAUGAAGGAGAAAGAGGCAGAGGAUUUGGUGGGGAAGAGGCGCAAGCGGCUUCUCCUCUUCGCGAUCUUGGCCGUGACCAUCACCUACCAAGCCGGGCUGACGCCGCCUAGCGGCUUCCAUCCCAAGGACGAUAAACUAUCCGGGCACCGUGCUGGCGACUCCGUCCUGCUCCACAACUACCCGCCCCGUUACACGGCCUUCUUCUACUGCAACUCGGUGACCUUCAUGCUGUCCAUCGCCCUCAUCAUCCUCCUCGUGAACCCGAACCUGUACAGGCCGGCCAUUCGAAGCAACGCGCUGUCCGUUUGCACGGCGGUCGGCUUGAUUGGUAUUAUGGGCGCAUAUGCCGCCGGCAGCACGCAGCAUCUGAAGACAUCCAUCUAUAUCUUCGUGUUGGCGGCUGUCGUCCUCUCUUCUGUAGUCAUUUUGGUUGUUAUGUUUUUUAAGAACAAAGCUGAUAGCAACCAGACAGUCGAUGUCGAAAUGGAUGCGAGAGCCGAGCACAGAGGAGAGGAUUCCUCUGCUGCUCCUGAGAAAGAAGACGGCAAUGCGGGAGCCGAGCUCAAAGCAGAGGAAAAGAAGUUACAUGCCAAGCGCAAGUAUCUGAUGCUGCUGGGAAUCCUGGUGGCGAGCGUUACCUACCAGGCCGGCCUCUCACCACCGGGCGGAGUUUGGCAGGCCAACGUCGGCAAGCACGCCGCGGGCGACCCAGUCAUGCACGACAACCGGAGACCCCGGUACCUGGUCUUCUUCUACAGCAACUCCACCUCGUUCGUUGCGUCCAUCGUCGUCAUCCUCCUCCUGCUGCCGGAAUCGGUGCACAAGAACAAGUGGUGGCUCGGGGUGAUGAACACGACAAUCGUGCUGGACCUGAUUGGCCUCUUGGUCGCCUACGCCGCCGGCUCCAGCAGGUCGUGGAAGACCUCCAUUUAUGUCUCCUCACUCGUCAUCGCCGUGCUGGGAUAUUUUGCGAUCCAUGUGAUGCUGUCAUGCUUCAACAGGAGGCGUAAAAAGCCAGCGGCGGCGGCCUUCCGCCUCUCAGCGGGUGGGCAUCAGGCUUCCGUAGUUCCAGCGUGAUUCAUCAUCAGUUUUGUAAGAGGAUGGUAGAAUGUUUGUAUCGUAUUGUAUUGAAUUUUGAGGGCCGAAUAUAUAGAAUACAUAUAUAAA